UGCAUAUUGUGCGGCUGAAGAACGGCGAAUCCUACCGCAUGGCCUGCAAUUCCAGCGUGUACAACAUGACAACCAACACGCCGUGGAGGUACGACCUGCAUCCGUUCAUCGAGCGCGAGCAGAUGGUCCUCUCCGACGGCAGCGUGAGCGUCAACAUCCUGUUGAGCGACUUCAACGUCACCUACGACCAGACGCACGUACGAUGCGGCUCGGACGUCGACACCGGUUUCCAGCUACUCUUCGAACGUGGGGACGAGUGCAGAUUCCCAAACCCGAUCGAUAGCGUGCAUGGUGGCACGACGUUCGUGGUCAGGCCCGGCCAAUCUCGUAACAUCACCUGCUUGCCAGGAUUCGUUGCCGUGGGAAACACAACGGUCGGCUGCACGAACACUGCACUGCCGUUCGGGGUUCCGCCGCUGUGCAUCGCCGCCCACUGCGGUGCGUAUCCGUACGCGGCCGCCAUCGACAACGGUCACAACGUCAGCGCCGUGCCGCGCUCGAACAGGAGCGCCGUCGGCACCACCGUUCUCUAUACGUGUCUGCCGGGCUUUGCGUUCGCCAACCUCAGCUCGGUGGUGUGCGAGAUGCCAUCUAGAGUGAUUGCCGCAGACUGGUCACCCCUGCCGCAAUGCACCAACAACUUGAUUGCGAGAUCCAAGGCUGAGCCCGGCAACCUGCUGAUUGUGUUCAUACUCCUGGGAAUACUGCUGCUUCUGCUUAUCCUUCUGCUCCUGUGGUUGUGCUGUCGCAAGCACAAGAAGAAGACGGCUGUCAUCGCACAGUCUUCAGUCAUAACAGUGCUCACCAUCCCUGACGAUCAGAGAGCUCUUCCAGACUACGACAGCUUCAAUCGGCCGGCUUCCACCGAUCGAGCGGCGGCCAACCUCGGCGACGGCCAGUACGCCGACUACAAGUCGGGCGACUCGCGCUCCUCGAUCUCGCUCGACUACGAGACGCUGGGCGCGGGCCAGCAGCAGCGACAGAACCGCGGCUGCUGGGCGGUGCACGGUGGUGAUGAACUCUCGCAAACCCACCUCAACCCGGCUGCCGCCGGCGGGCUGAAUGUGCGAUACAUCACGUCCACGGCGCGCAUAGCGUCCGCCAACAACGAAGAGGGAAAGCAGAAGAAGUACAGCAUCCGUAGCGGGGCCGACAAGGACGAUGAAGCGGACACAGACUUGUGGAUGCCCGAAGCGGCCGAUGCCGAUAUGGGAUUCAUGAGGAGUGCUGACGCGGCCGUGAUGUCAUUGGCCACUCGCAGCAAGCCCUCGCGGGACCGCGCCACAAACACUUUAGCACCCAACGACGGUGGCUCGUACGCCUUUUCCAACUCGCAGAGGGCGCUGGCCGACGACAAUACGGAGAUGGACGACACCAUCGCCAUAACGACGGCGGAGCACGGGCAGCUCUACGACAGCAGUCAGCGCGACGGCAUCUACUCGCGCGUCAUUAAGUCGGUCGACAUCGACGAGGACGACGAGGAGGUGGUGUACGGCACGGCAAAAUUGUACGAUGCCGCACCCACACCCGCACUCACUCGCCUCACCGGAUCGUUUCUGCCAAAGCUGAAAGCCACUGUGCGCGGCUUGAUGCGCCGGGAUGAGGAUGGGAGUGAGCAACAUGGCAACCUCACCACCACCACUGGGACAGUGGCGACAGGGAUGACACCGGACGGUACCGCCGAGUCCGCGACGCCCACACCGAUUAUCUACGUCAGCAGUGCCAACAGCGGUCACGGACUACUCGUCGACAGCCUGGGCGACUACGUCUCGCCGGUAGCGCAGGGCGCCGUCAUGCCGAUCGCGCAGUUCAACAUAACGCUGAAGCCGGAGCGUCUCCACGACUACUCAAUGGCCAGCGGAAUGGACGGCAGCCUGGGUCUGUUCGACGCCAGCACCUCCAAGCUGCUGGCCGUGAUGGAUCGUCACGCCGUGGCCAACUGGUGUCAAAGCGACAUGGCUACGGCCAGCCAUAGCGGUGCCAUCUACGCCGACCCGUCGCUGGCCAAGCACGGACUGACGCAGCCGCGCGCUCUGCUCUCCACUCUGGACGGCAAGUCGGUGUUCCUCACUGGCCAGGGACUACAGGUGAGCACCGAAGACGUGUUUGACGUCAUCGUGCCGCCCACGGCUCUCUCCAGCUACGUGGUGGCCGUGAACGGCGACUCCGGCGACUUUGUCCUGUUCAACGCAAACCUAAGCGAGGCAGUGUUGCGUGCUAGCGCGCACUCGGUCGACGAGUGUGUACGCCGCCAAGCCCAGCACCAGCACUUCCUCAAGGGCAACGCCGUGACUGCAGAGCAGCAGUCAUUGUUCAAGGAUCUCGACGGAGAGUACGCCUUCCUGGGUGCCGACGACAGGGUAGUCCCCGCCGCCGUCUUCGGAGUGCAAAUCGUGCCCGAGAUGGUACUGAAGUACGUCGUUGGUCCCACCUCGGAGGACCAGUUGGGCUUGUUCAACAUUGAUCGAAUGGAAUUGGUGGCCACCGUCCACCAGGAUGACGUUCACAAGGCCGCUGCAACCAGGACUGACAGGCUGACGUCGACGGCGCAUACUGUCACGGUGGACAGCCGUGUGGCGAUCGACGCCAGCGGCCAGUACGUGUUCCGGGCCGGCGACUCCGACGCUGUCAUCCCCAUGACGAUGUUUGGCCUGGACGUCACCGAGGCGGUGGCCUCCACGGCAACUGUAACAAUCUCGCCCAACGGCAACGUGGCCAUGUUCAGCAUCAGCGACGGCGACCUGCUUGCCACGGCCGAGUUGCGGGCAGUCGUCGAGCCUCGCCACGCCAAGGCUUCGCGGCAAGUCCUGCAGCAGCGACGUGCGGUGCGCGGCACACAGCAACAACAGCACCACCAACAAGAACGGCAGCAGCGUCCCACGGUAGCCACGGUUUCGAAGCAAGGCGCACCGCGGCCCAACGGCGCCAGUUUUCCGCAGCACUAUAUUGAGAGCGGCGGAUACGCAAACGAGCUGGCAAUCCUGGAAUCGGUCUCACCUGCCGCGAGCGUUGCCAUCCUUGCCAAUCCCGAUGAGAUGGCAGACGAGCAACACACCGUGCCAGAGGUCUCCUGAACGGACUACUACUUCACCACACCGCAACAAACGACGGCCCACUCCAUCAAGACUGCCCGCAAAAUCCAGAUCCGAUCCAAGUCGACCACCCCGACCACCACCAGCAGUGUUCCUGGCUCUACAGCAUCCCUGAGCAACCCGACGCUGUCCGAUCGCAGCAAGUCCGAUCACGCCUAGUCGGAUGCGUAGACACGCCCACGUCUGUCACACCAACUUGUCUGAUCGCACAUAGUAUGAUGCGUAGAUGCGUGUGUGUCUGUGUGCACGGUGUAUGCACAGCAUGCAAUACUUUCCGCUAGCAAUAGGGCCAGCAUCAUCGCUCCACGUACAGCUCCUCCCCCCCCCCACCCCCUGAUGCUUCGUUGCCACGACAGCGGCAAUGGGAACCGCCUGGUGGCGUAAUGGCCGCUUGCCCGCUCGGUGCCCGUAGGAAUGCAGCAGCAUGCAUGCAGAUCACAUCAAACUUAACCCUACAUACCUACAUGCUUUGCUAGCAACUUUCCGCCUGACACCACAAACUCGUUACAAGAGAAAACCCGUUCCACCUGUCCCGUUCCAACAAUCUACCAAUCUUCGACAACCGUUCUCUACCCUGAUUAUUUAUUAUCUAGUUUUGUCUGUUCGGAAUAUGACUGUACUCAUCUCCAGCCCUCUCAUCCCCCCCCCCCCUCUUGUUUGUACUGUGGCUACGUGCUUUAACAUCGGGUACUGUAGGAAUGUCUUCGACCUCUUUGUGAUUAUUCAUGACAAACUGACUAUGUCUCACUCCCCCUCCUUGAAUCGAUAUUUGAGCUCGUCUAAAUUUACUUUUUUUUCGCACUUAACUUUAACAUGCAACAGCAGCACUGUCACGUUCUCAUCUUUCUAGAAUUCAAUGACAGAGUUCGUGAUGGACACCAGGGGGUAAUAAUAACACGGUCUUUUAGUACUCCCUGACUAAG